AGAGAGAAAUUUGUGGCCAUAUGAAUAUCCCAAAUGGAGGGCAGCCGUAUAAAACAGCUAAUUGCAAGCUACAACCAAAAGCUCUAAGCCCUAAAGCGUGUUAUAUCCUAACUCAAAAUUCAAAACCCAUCAAAAAUUUCUCAAUCCCACAGCUUUCAACUCUCUCCUUAAACCCUAAAUCGCUGGCCAACUUGAAUUUCCUUCCAAUUUUUUUUCAGUGCCCACGAAUUCCCCACGCUUUCUUUUCUAUUUCUCACACUCCCUUGCACACGCUAUCACUUGCUCUUAAAUAUAUGCCAUCAAAUCCCUCUCUCUCUUAAUUCUCUACCAAAUUCUCCCUCUCUUUGUAUAUUUAUAUGGCUGACCAAAAGCUUCCAAUUAAUGACAGCCAAAUGGACCAAUCCCCUCAUCAGCCAGCUCCUCCAUCGCACCCCAUUGACCCUUCCCCUCCUGUCCCCACAUCCCAAUUUCCAAAAUCCAAAGAGCCUAAUUCUUCUUCAUCGUCCAUGGCUUCCUCUAUCUCCACCAAGAAGCAUGCUUUGUAUAGAGGAAUCCGGUGUCGGAGCGGCAAAUGGGUGUCCGAGAUCCGUGAGCCCCGUAAGACUACUCGCAUAUGGCUCGGCACAUUCCCUACCCCGGAGAUGGCUGCUGCUGCUUACGACGUUGCCGCUCUCGCCCUCCGAGGCGGCGACGCUGUCCUCAACUUUCCUGCUUCUAUUGGAUCCUACCCUAUUCCUCCUUCUACCUCGCCGGUGGAUAUACGUACUGCUGCCUCUGCUGCUGCCGCUAUCGCUGCCAAUAAUGCGUUGAAGAAGGGGGAGGCCGUGGGGCAAUCCGCCGGUGGUGGUAGUGUUGAAGAUACGACGACGACCGUUGCUACCGAUAGUACUACGACGUCGCCAGAGUUUGUGGAUGAGGAGGAACUCUUUGGGAUGCCGAGUUUGCUGGCGGACAUGGCGGAGGGGAUGAUGGUGUCGCCGCCGAGAAUGAACUCGCCGCCGCCGUCCGAUGACUCGAUGGAGAAUUCUGAUGGAACGGAAAGUUUAUGGAGCUACUUCUGAUAAAUUGAAGUAAUCAACUACGAGUUGUGAUUAAGAAGACGCGAGUUAGGUGAAAAAGAAAAUGAAGAAAAGGAAAGAAAAGGGCUGGCUAGGCUUGAAAAAGGCAAGCUCUUCGGCCGCUGUAGCUUAGACUUGAUGAAAAUUCUAGUAUACCUCUUUUUGUCCAUUGAUUUUACCCUCAAUUUCUUCUAUGAUUGUAAUUUAAAGAGUGAAAAGAGGCACAAAAUUCAAUGUGUUUUAAAAUUUACUAUUAUAGUGAACAUCAGCAUACUUAAUGAAAAACAUUAGAAUUUUUAUGUUCUAGAAAAGAAAAGGCAUAGACCACUGUUUAGGUGAUGUUAUAUCAGCAUCCAUCUAUUGAUCAACACUAAAAAUUUGAUAACUUCUUAUUUCUUUGAAA